AUGUAAAUAGAAGCGCAUGGCUCCUCCCAUGCACCUGAUAGGGAGUAUUUACAGCUCUUUACAGCUACUGACUGCACUGUUUCCAAGAGCGCAGCGCUGCAUCAUGACACUCCACUGGACUUAAGCAAUAAGGAUUUCCGUCUUUCACGCACUAUAACUGAAAUUCACCGCUGUAUUUUCCAAAGUUUGCCAAAGUUGUCCGCUUGUUUUCCAAGAUGCCACGCUCUUUUCUGGUCAAGAAACACAUAAACUCCGCAAAGAAGCCAAAUUAUAUGUUCAUCACGCCGCACAUCUACAAGGGCCUUCCCCUGCCUGUCAUCCCCCAGCCGGAGAUCCUGAGCCCGGCAGCCUACAGCCCCAUCACAGUGUGGACUACCAGCAACUUGCCGCUCUCUCCGCUCCCCAGUGACCUCUCCCCCAUCUCCGGAUACCCCUCGUCGCUCUCCGACACCUCCUCAAAAGACCACAGCGGUUCCGAAAGCCCGAGGAGCGAUGAAGACGAGCAGAUGCUGCCCAAGCUGACGGACCCUCACGGAGUGGAGGCAGAGAAAUUCCAAUGUAGUUUGUGUAGCAAGUCCUACUCCACGUACUCUGGACUGCUCAAGCAUAAACAGCUGCACUGCGACGCCCAAACGAGGAAAUCCUUCAGCUGUAAAUACUGCGAGAAGGAGUAUGUUAGCCUCGGAGCUCUCAAAAUGCACAUCAGGACUCACACCUUGCCUUGCGUUUGCAAAAUAUGCGGGAAAGCUUUCUCCAGACCGUGGCUGCUCCAAGGACACAUCAGGACGCACACCGGAGAGAAGCCUUUCUCCUGCCCUCACUGCAACAGGGCGUUCGCAGACAGGUCCAACCUCAGGGCGCACCUACAGACCCAUUCGGAUGUGAAAAAAUACCAAUGCAAGAACUGCUCCAAAACCUUCUCCAGGAUGUCUCUUCUGCACAAGCAUGAGGAAUCUGGUUGUUGUGUAGCACACUGAACUGGGAUACUUUUCCACCACCAGAGUAAAAAAAAAAAGAAAAGAAAAGAAAAACCCUCUGUUGCUUCUUUAUUUUUUCCAAGCCCAGGAAGAAUGUCAGGGAAUCACACCAAGAGGGGGUUUGUUCCCUAAUAUGCAGAGUUUUUUUUUGUUGUUACUACAACUGGUCGAUUUCAUUUCAGAGUGAGCUCUGUGCUCACGUGCUUCUCGUUUCAAGCAGUGUUUCUGUGAUUGCAAUCAGUGUCGAGCUUUGUCAAACCAUGUACUCACCUACCUGUGCUAUUCAUGCACUUUUCUGCAUGUCUAGAAUAUUUUUAUAUGCCUUCACAAUGUUAUCUUCAGUGUUUGUACCAAUGUCUCUCAAUGGCUGUUAUGCAGUCCUCCACUUUUCUUUUCUUUUUUUUUUGUUUGGUUUUUUUAUGCAAACCACACGAAACGAUACCAAAAGGCGCAUUAUGAAUGACAGUAUAAAUAUAACCAGAGGAAUACUGAAGCCAUUGUUACUUAGGGAACAAGUGCAAACUUAGUUUUUAGGGCGAAAUUAUUAUAACUUUUGCACAGUCAUUAGAAACAGUUUGCCAGCACUCCAAUAGCAAUACAAUUUUUCUCAAGUGCCUCAAUUGUACUUGGCAAUAAUAUGUAUUUUUCAACAACAGUUUCCUUUUAUAUUUUUAUAUAUUGAAUGUAAGCGUGACUGAGAUGAUUGUAUAUUGACAGUGAAAACUGUGAUGCUGAAUGAUUUUUGAUAUUUUCAUAUUUCAUGACACUUUUGAAAAAUAAAGUUUCAUGACAUUUUGUAUAAA